CCCACGACCGCCGAGAGCGAGCAUUGCUCAGGCGCCUUUACUCCGGGCUUGUGGCUCGCCGCCUCUGAUGACGGAGGACGACGAGGCCAUUGAGCACACGCUCACACAGAUUGCGCAGGCGCACCUCUACAGCCUUCCGCCGGGCCCGCGGCCGGCUGGCGGCUACCGCUGCCAGGACUGGCCAAAGUCCAAUCACAUUUUCACCGGGCGGGUGAGGGUGGUUGCGACGGGGCCAAAGUGCACGAUUCGGAUUGAGGACAAGGAGAAGGGGACGCUCUUUGCAAUGUGUCCGCUGUCGAACGACAAUCUCGAGACCUCAGUCGAGCCCGUCUCGGACUCGUCGCGCUACUUUGUGCUUCGCGUGGCAGACGUCACCACCGGACGGCACGCCUUCAUCGGCAUGGGCUUCGUCGACCGGAACGAGGCCUUCGACUUCAACGUGACGCUGCAAGACCACAUCAAGCACGUCCGCUACGAGGCCGAGGCGGCCAAGCGCGAGGCGGAGCCCGCCCCGACCGGGCCUGCCAAGGACUGGAGCCUCAAGGGCAGCGUCAGCGUGGCGCUGCCGGCCGGGGCGGCGAAGCCCGCGCGAGAGAGGCCGGUCGCGGGCGCCCCCAUGGGCGGAAUGCUCCUGCCGCCGCCGCCGCCGGGAGGGGGCGGCGGAGGAAGGCGCGCAGCGGCUGCUGCUGCGCCGGCCGCGCCCGCCGCGCCAGCGGCCGCGGCGCCCUCGGGCGAGGACCCGUUUGGAUCCUCCGGAGGCGACUGGGCUACGUUCGGCUAGAGGAGCGCACACUCGCGCCGCGCCCCUCUCCGCGCGGCGGAAAUUCGAUGGCCGGCUGAGUCGGCCGGCUUUAGUUCGGCCCUGCUCGCUUUGGCGGCCGUGUCGCGUCCGAGAGGCGCUCUUGUCCCUAUCUACUCGAAUCUACGGUGGGGUUGUGCAAUACGAGCACAGGAGAGAGGUUCUAAAGGUCGCACGCCGUGGCGCCCGUGUGCGACACACUCUACUCUCUCUAGUCUCUCUCUCGAGUCCGUCGUCUCACGUCUCUAUAUCGUGAUGUUUUGUGAUGACCCGCCCGCACUCUUCUCGUCUCCGCCGCGUAGAGCUCUAGACCUACACAGUCGAGUAGCUGGCUCUAGCCCAGAGGCUGGAGUAGAGCUGUUUAACAUUAGGGAAGGUAA